CCUGUGAUUGGUCGACGAACAGCUCAACGCGAGUUCCCGCCCCCCUCCCCGGUGCAAGAGAGGAACCCGGUGGGCACGAAACAGUGGGACACAAACGGUGUAAAAUGGCGCUGUCUCAAGGAACAAAGAAGAAAGUUUGCUAUUAUUAUGACGGCGAUGUGGGGAACUACUACUAUGGCCAGGGUCAUCCCAUGAAGCCCCACAGGAUCCGCAUGACCCACAACCUCCUCCUCAACUAUGGCUUGUACAGGAAAAUGGAGAUCUACAGGCCACACAAAGCCAGCGGAGAGGAGAUGACAAAAUACCACAGCGACGACUACAUCAAGUUCCUGAGGUCCAUCCGACCAGACAACAUGUCUGAGUAUAGCAAACAGAUGCAGAGAUUCAACGUCGGCGAGGACUGUCCGGUGUUUGACGGCCUGUUUGAGUUUUGCCAGCUCUCGACAGGCGGAUCUGUCGCUGGGGCACUAAAGCUGAACAAGCAGCAGACAGACAUCGCCAUAAACUGGGCUGGCGGACUCCACCACGCCAAGAAGUCCGAGGCCUCAGGUUUCUGCUACGUCAACGACAUCGUCCUGGCCAUCCUCGAGCUGCUCAAGUACCACCAGAGGGUCUUAUACAUAGACAUCGACAUCCACCACGGCGAUGGAGUGGAGGAGGCCUUCUACACCACAGACAGAGUCAUGACUGUCUCUUUCCACAAGUAUGGUGAAUACUUCCCUGGCACCGGAGACCUGAGGGACAUCGGAGCUGGAAAAGGCAAGUACUAUGCAGUGAACUACCCGCUAAGAGACGGUAUUGAUGACGAGUCCUAUGAAGCCAUCUUCAAACCUAUCAUGGCUAAAGUCAUGGAGAUGUACCAGCCGAGUGCCGUUGUACUCCAGUGUGGAGCUGAUUCUCUCUCUGGCGACAGACUGGGCUGCUUCAAUCUCACCAUCAAAGGUCACGCCAAAUGUGUGGAGUACAUCAAAAGUUUCAACCUGCCCCUACUGAUGCUGGGCGGUGGAGGCUACACCAUCCGCAACGUGGCCCGUUGCUGGACCUAUGAAACCGCCGUGGCCUUGGACUCCUCCAUCCCCAACGAGCUGCCCUACAACGAUUACUUUGAGUACUUCGGGCCCGACUUCAAGCUGCACAUCAGCCCGUCCAACAUGACCAACCAGAACACCAACGAAUACCUGGAAAAGAUCAAGCAGCGUCUGUUUGAAAACCUCCGCAUGCUGCCUCACGCCCCCGGCGUGCAGAUGCAGGCGAUCCCGGAGGACGCCCCACACGCGGACAGCGGAGACGAAGAUGAAGAGGACCCCGACAAACGCGUCUCUAUCCGCGCCCACGACAAGAGGAUAGCUUGCGAGGAGGAGUUUUCUGACUCCGAGGACGAGGCGGAGGGGCAGGGAGGAGGCCGCAGGAAUGCAGCCAACCACAAGAAGGUGAAACGGGUGAAGAAGGAGGAAGAGAAAGAAGGAGAGGAAAAGAAAGAAGUGAAGGAGGAGGAGAAGGAGGAAGAGAAGAUGGACACGUCGGGACCAAAAGAAGAGGUGAAGACCACUUGAAGACUGUCACAGGGUGAAAUGGUUGCUUCGUACUGUUGUCCUCAAGCCCCCACUGAUUCCUAUAACUCUCCUGCUGCGACGAUAGGACCCUUUUUGUACCCCUGUUUUAUUAUGUGUUCUUAGAAGCAAACCUGGUUCACACUGUAUUAUUUGUUUCAAAGCUGAAGCACCUGUCGAGCGGGCUGCAUAUCCCAGCAUCACUUUAGCAUGGAUUCCUGAUGGAGGAUUUGCCCCUUACUGUUCCGUGUGAACACCACCCAGCUGGACCUCAGCUGUCGUGUGAACCAGGUCUGCUUUAACGUGAAGAAAACCACCCGAGUUGUUACUGUUCCUGUCACGGCAUUUCAGAUUUUAAGCAGGUUUUGUGGGGCUUGCGCUGCAGAGACGCAGAUGAUUUCCAAGUCUAGCGUUCAUAUGUAAAAAGGCUUUUGUUAGUUUUUAAACAUCUGUUUAUGAUACUGUUAGAAUAACCAGCACCUCUGCAAACUGUUUGGCGUGCUGUUAAUUUAUCAGUGAAUGCAUGUUUGAAAUGAUCUCGCCUUCAGCAUGUCGCUGAUCUCAGCUCAGUAAGUUAUUUUAAAUCAUGAACACACUGUCUGUCCCUUCAGCCCGCCUUCCUAUGAAUGUCUGGUUUUUGUUUUUUUAAUAUUCCUGUUAUUUUUUCCUGCAUUGUUUGUAUGUUGAAGUAAGAAUGUGUGUGAACCUCUCUGGAGGUUUAUGUUGGGAAGUGACUGACUUAUUUUAGAUAUUUUGUACCAUUAUACAUAAAUGUGGAGCGAGCUUGUGAACCGGCCCCUUUACAUGUGGUUGUUCGGAGUUCUAUCCUUGUGAAAUGUUCAUUAUCAUGACUUUGUUAUAAAAUAAUAAAGAAAACAGAUCAAUGUUU